CAUGCAUUACCGUAUAAAAAUGUUAGUUUUUUUAUGGGUAAUCGUAGUUAAGUACACCUAAUUGGAUGCCGACCAUCUAAGCCGUAGACUACUACCGUCAUGUUUACACCAACAAGUGUUAUAAUUAAUUAUGCCCUACCAUCAACGAAGUUGGAAAUAUUGUUCUACGGUACAAUUGUUUUUCUGGUGGUGAUUUGGUGUCAUAUGCGAUGGGAACAUAGAAGAUUUUAUCAGCUUGCCGCUAAGUUGCCCGGGCCACCAUCGUACCCGAUGAAAGGAUCAAUAUACGAUUUGAAUACCACACCUGAAAAGGUUGUGGCGAACAUUAAGAAGGCCGCUGAAAAAUACAACUACGAGCCUAUAAAAAUGUGGGUGGGCCCGUUUCUUUUUGUUGGCGUUUACAAACCUGAGGACGUACAAAUUGUGUUGAACAGUUCUAAAGCAUUGGAAAAAGGUAUUAUAUACCGAAUACUGAGAAAUCUGGCUGGAGAAGGAGUGUUUACGGCACCGGUGGACAAAUGGCGAAGGCACCGGCGAGUCAUCGCCACCAUAUUCAACCCUAAGUUUUUGGACCAGCUCUUUCCUGUGUUCAAUGACAAUAAUAAAAAAUUAGUGGCUAGUCUAAGCAAGCACCUGGGAGAAUCCGAACCUUUCAACUUGUGGGACUACAUCAUGACGUGUAACCUGCACAACGUGAGCCAAGCCGCUAUGGGUUACAACCACAUCGACAAAUACAACUUAACCGGAUUCGUCUAUACCCUUAAGAAACUUACAGAACUUAGUCAGUUUAUUGUGAAGCCCUGGAUGUAUCCGACAGUGGUGUUCACCUUGUAUGCUCAUCUGACCGGGUGGAGUGAACACUUCAAGGUUUUCGAUAGAAUCACAAAAGAAAUUAUCCAAGAAAAGAAAAUAGAAUACAACUCCAGGAAAACGGAGAAAGGCGACAAGAGCACUUGGGAAGCCGACGAAGAAAUCGAAAAAAAAAGAACAAAGGUAUUCUUGGACAAACUGUUGAAAUUAAACGACGACGGGGCAGAUUUUUCUGACCAAGACCUUAGAGAUGAAGUCGUAACAAUGACCAUAGCGGGCAGCGACACAAGCGCAAUAGGUGAAUGUUUUUGUUUGUUGAUGCUAGCAAUGCAUCAGGAUAUCCAGCACAAAGUCUACGAAGAAAUUUACAGUAUACUGGGAGACAGCGAUCGGGACGUUAACCCGGAUGAAAUAUAUAAAUUCAAGUAUUUAGAACAGGUAAUAAAAGAAACUCUCCGUCAUUUCCCCCCAGGAGCAAUUUUUUCCAGAAAAACCGACGGCGACAUCAAACUUACAAAUUAUGAAUUGCCUUCCGGUUGUAAUGUGUUUGUAGCACCGUUAGUCACACAUAAAAUAUCACAACUUUACCCCAAUCCGGAAGUGUUCAAUCCAGAAAACUUUAACCCAGAAAACGAGAGCAAACGACAUAAGUUUAGUUACCUAGCAUUCAGUGGCGGACCCAGAGGAUGUUUGGGUGCUAAAUACGCCACGUUGUCGAUGAAACUUAUGUUGGUGGCGGUGCUCCGAAACUACAGUGUGCAUACCAAAGUUAAAUACUCGGACAUAGAAUUACAAAUGGAUAUGUUAGCCAAGUCUGCGCAUGGUUAUUAUGUAACUAUUCGUCCCAGGAGGCCUCUGACAACCAAAAACGCAGAGUGAAAUUAAAAAGCAACACGAACAUGACAUAAAAAUGUACUAAAAUAAAAAAAAUUAAUUACAAAUAAUUAGCAUACAAUAUGUACGUUUUAUAGUUUUUAUUUUCUUAUGGGUGUAAAAUAACACACUCAGUGUUAUUAAAACUGUUUAUAAUGAAUACGAUGUUAAUUAAAUGAUCAAAAUAAGUAAUGAGUGUAAUAUUUGAUUAUUUAUC